AUGUGGUCCAACUUCUUUGUACAACAGGAUGAGGAAGGUCGCAUCGGGGUGGCAGGGUCAGGCCCAGGUGGGGGGUUGGGGGGGUUUUCAGGAAUGAAAGGUGGGCGGGGUCAGAGACGGACUCACAAAAUGAGCGACAGCCAGGAGGGGAAGAUCAAGCUGGCCUUCUUCGUGUCUAUCGUUGGUGUGACCCUGACGGUGCUAGGUGUGGGGACAGAGUUUUGGGUGGAGCUGGCCCAACCAAAGAACUUCAGCAGCAACCAGACCUGCCAGACAGCCCAUUAUGGCCUGUGGAAGGGCUGCAUCCGCACCCUGUGGGUAGCUGACAUAGACCCAGAGAGAACAAGCUGUGGCCCUGCUGAACUACCUGGAGAAUCCAACUGCACUUACUUCAAAUUCUUCACCUCUGGGGAGAAUGCAGUCAUAUUCAGGAAGACGACCAAUAAGAAUCUGAACCUAGCGGCAGCUAUCUUGGCCCUGAUGAGUUUGACCAUGAUGGUGAUGGGCUCCAUCUGUAUUACCAUGUCGCUCAGCAAAGGAGUGCCCUUCUUCCUAAAGCCAGCCUCUUUCUGCUUCAUCCUGUCAGGUAUACUGGUCCUCCUCUCCAUCCUGGUCUUCCACCAGUCAGUGCUGGCCUUGCUGUCCAGUGACCACUCCAUACCUUUACACCAUGAGCUGUCUUGGUCUGUGGCCUGUGUGGGCUCAGCGGGAGCCAUUCUAAUCAUUGGAGGUAUUCUCUUCCUCAUCCUCUCACUUCCAUUCAGUAUCUGGCAGAGAUGCCUGCCACACAGGGAUAGCGCCACCUAG